UCCGCCCUCUGCGAGGCGGACGUGACAAGGCCCAGCACCCUUAGUCACUGGAACUCUGAAUGCCUACAUAGAGGGAUGGCUGGUCUCCUCGUGCUAAUGAGGGUUAGGCCAUGUUGACCCCUUCACUGGUUGUUGAGAAUAUUGGAUACCUCUUAUAUAGCUAUGGCUCCAUCUUUAUCAUUAUCCUACUUAUCUGGCAAGUGAAACGGAGUUACUAUGGAUUGAGAUUUAAACCCAAAAGGAACUGCUGCCGGUGUCACCGAAAAAUCAGGCAAAGGGCAAGAGAUGCAGCAUCAAGAGCUAAGAGAUGUCCCAGGAAAGAAGCAAAGAAGCUGUGGGAUCUGCUCUCUACCAUGAAAAGCCAGCACUGGCUUCCCCAGCAGGAAAGUGUGCGGCAGCUCCUGUGUGCAGAUCCUUCCUGCCAGACCUGCAACGCUGUGUGUCUGGAGAUUCAGCAGCUGCUGGAGGAUGAGAAGAGCCAGGUUUCCCCAACUUUAUCAGGGCCAUUGCAGGGCUCUUCUUACCUACAGAUGAUGUCCAUGUCAACUGUGUCUUCUGAGAAGAAUCGGGAACCUCAUCCUCAGCGCUCCAGAGACCUCUUACGGAUAUCCGCAACCCCGGCACUAUCACAACAGAUGGAACAAGAUUUAACCCCGACAAUUGAUGACAUCAGUAUCCAAGAGUACUUUACGGAUCAUCUCCAGCGAGGACAGGAAUUUCAAUGGGCAAAUACACCCGUGGUCCAAGAGAGUAGGGAUUCUUCUGAGCUUCAGGAACCUAUGGUUCCAGUAAGUGGGCAGGAGAUGAUGCAGAAUAAACCUAACCUUGUGCAGGGGAACCAAAGGCAGCAUCAUGUGAAGUGCCGGGUCUCCUUACCAUCACUGCAUCCAGAAUUCCCAGAUAACCUGACACGUCCUAUGACCUUGCAUGUGGACUCAGUCUUUCCAGCGCACCUGCCAUUCUUCAGGCCUAAAGUUUUGAGGCUUCUGGAGGGACAUGUAAAAAAAAGGAAGCAUUUCCAGAUGUGGGGUCUCCCCAGACGUGUGGAGGACUCCUUUAUGAGGCAGCUUAUGCCAGACGCAAUAUUGUUUAGCAAAAUUGGAAAAAACUUACAACUUUCCUCCAUUCUGAAUAGUACUUCUAAGGUUGCUUGUGACAAAAUUGGGAUCAUUGCCCAACAGACCUGGUGUUCAUACAUAACCAGAGAGCCCAUUCAGUCUAUCUGGGUUUCUGAGUGGUCUUCUACAAAACCACAACAAAGACACUAUUACCAGCAAGUCCAAAACUAUGAUACAUUAGCCUUGCCCUCUCCACCUGCUGAAGUCUUCACUGGCCUCUGUCUACCACUUGGGGGACAGGCUGAUGACCCCGGGAGCCAUCUGCACCAGAAACACAGGCAGCUGUUCUGUGGCCUCCCCUCUCUGCACAGUGAGUCCCUGACUGCCUCUUUCUUGAGCUCUGAAGGCCUCGCCACGAACACAAACACGUCCAGGCCCCCAUCGAAGGAGCCUCUUCUGCUCCAGGGGCUCUCUUUCCACCCUUUGCUGCCGGAAACGCCACCAGACGUAUGCUUGCCCUCCUCGCCACUGUCUCCAAAUCGUGUGUCUCCAGCUGGACAUCCAGAAGCUCACGUCAGUGCCCCAUUUCUGACUCCAGCUGAAUAUAAAACCUUGGAAUGGCACCUGCUGCAGAGGCAGCUCCAGCUUCGGUGGGGGCUGCCAGCUAUCAUCCAGAGAUGUUGCCAUGCCCACAGCCCCAAGCAGUCUGAGCCCUGUGACGAAGCCCAGGCUCCCGAGACUGUGCAAACGUCCUGGCCAGGGAAGCCUGUUUCAGUCUUCACCAGGAAACUACCCUUCUUCCCAGAGCACACCCACAGGCUGCUGGAAUUUCACUUCCAGAAGCAGCUGAUUCGCCUUCGCUGGGGCCUGCCCGAGAAGAUCCAGCAGUCCUUCCAGUUGCUCCUCUCCUCUGCUGACCAGCAGACCCUGCCCUGUAGCAGCACAACCUUCCCCAGGGUGCAGAUCCCCCACCCUACGGCCCUGAAGGGCACGGGGGAUGGCGACCCCUUCUCACCCAUGCUGGCCCAAAUGUCACUCCCCAUGCCACACCUGCUCACCCAGGCCAAGGCCAAACUGCAGGGCCACAUUGACUCCAAAUGUGGACAGAUCCACCAAGGCAUGGUCCCUUGCCAUGUAUCUAGCUCCUGGGAAGGCACAGCUCCUGGGGGCGUAGCAGUGGCUCCCUUCCCCUGCGUUCCACAAGGCCAGCCCCGGGGGCUGCAGGCAGCCAGCGACUCCGACCUACAUGACCGAGUUACGCCCUGGGGGCCAAGGGCCCUUGGUCAGCAAAAGCAGGCCUCACCAGACACUGCCGCUGGACGCCCUAAGCUGCACCGAGCCCUGACUUCGGCAGCCAUGGAGAGGCUGGAGAUGACCGUGCGACACAAGUACCUCGUCUUCCUGUCGGGACUGCCCACCCUUUACUCUUCCGCUCUGUCUGAAGUGACGGCUCCAGCCAUCGCUAGCCACUCGCCAGCAGCAGGGAUGGCGCCAGGGCCAGUGGAAGCCCCAAAGGAGCCUCUGGCUCAAGUUACAACACCGCAAGACCCAAGUAGGAGGCUUGGGCCCUGCUUUCAAAAUGACAGCGAGACUCGGGCAGACAGCACAGAUUCCCAGCCUGAGGUGCAGAGGGAAGGAACAAUGGAGUCAGCGCCUCCGGAGAGCCAGACACAUCCCGCCAUCCUCCACGCGUUCAAGACGCGAUUGGUGUCCAGGCUGCACUUCCACCUGAGAAAAAAGGUCCUAGAGAUAAAACUGGGACUCCCCAUACGGGCAAGGGAGUCCCGGGAACAAACUACAGCGGGCCCAGAGAACAAGUCCUCAAGGGCACGUCUGACUAGUCAAAACAAGCAAGGAAGCACAGUGCUCCAGAAACUGCCCGCCCCGCCAGACUCAUUGCCUGCCCCACAUUCAGAGCGUGUCCACCUGGAAGAACACCCGGCCUCUCAGCUGCAGACGCUGCGGCACAGCCCAAAGCCACCUGGUUCCGAAGCAGCGCCCCUUGCUCCUAGCCACCAGCCCUCCGAGAUCUCACAGGUCAGCGGGGACGUGACUGAGGCGCAGGUGCUUUGUGUUCAGGUGGAGGCCGCUGUAAACAGCCCCGGCCUGGGGGAACACUGGGACCCUGAGCCCCAACGCGCAGGCAAGGGCUCAGCCCACAUCCCCACGCCGGCAGGAAAGAGAGAGGAGGCAGGGAAACCCCAAGCAGCAGGGGACCUCGGAGAAGGGGAUGCAGGGCUUGGACACUCCUUAACCAGUGCAGAAAGACACCCUGAGGAAGAGCAGAAGCCAGAAGAGAUGCUUCUGAAGAGAAGACCCCAAGGCUCCUGGCGAUGGACCCACAGCUGUCUUCUUGUGGAUCCCCAGCAACACACUCCCCAGUACCACCCUCAGCUUAAGCUUGCAGAGCCGCCUACAGAGCUCCCUGGGAGAAAAGAAUCUGAGCACGACAUGCAGGACCAUGGAAGAAACGUCAGUGCCCUCCUCACACCUGCGAAGGUCCCUGAGAAUUUCCAUCCUGCAGUGGGCCAGGCUUCCCAGGGCCAGCCUUUCCCGGGCCAACCGACUCCGCACAAGCCUUUCAAGGGCCAAACCUUGCAAAGUCGGGUUUUGCAGGGGCAGGUGACGCCAGCCCGUUCUCACAAGAGGCCCAGCCCUCCAGAGUCUGGCUUGGUGAGUAAGAUGAAAUUCUUUGUGCACUACAUCAGCGCCGUGACAAAAGACAAAAAUCACGCGGACUCCAUGUUGUCCACACCUGGCAAGGCGGCCAACACCAGCAAGGAAAAUGUGGAAAGGAGGCUGGUUCCAGCCAAAAGCCCCACGGAGAAGACGAGGACUGACACACCAGGGAGGAGCCCCAAGAACCCAUCGCUCCCCACAGAGAGGCCGGUGGGCCUGGCCUCAUCGGAUGUUUCCCAUUCCCCACACAGUAAGCUCCGGCUACGCUCCCAGCUGCGUGGAUCUGCCUCCGUCCCAGGCCACCCCCACCACUGUCCUAGGCAUUGUCCUGGAGUGGCUGUGCCCUCCAAUCAGGGCAACCGCCCUUAAUCCCAUCCCUUACCUCAGAAACAUUUUCUUGCCCAAGGAGAACACUCAGAGUAUUGACUAAGCAUUUCUACACCUCCCAAUUUCUGUCUCCUUUGAAGAGCUGCACUAUUGCCAUUUCCACUAAAAAACAGGAGGGGCAGAGUGCCCCCUGAAAUAUACCCUAUAUCUCUAAACAAA